CGCCUCGACAUGUGGCGGGUCAUCAAAGCACCUUUGCUACGUCACGAGGAAGGAGGAGGAAGCAGAGACAAUUCUCGCUGCCGGCCGCUUCUCUUCAUCGCUCCUGUCAGGCAGACGUCCAUGCCCGCCUUGUGAAGCCACCCUGCCGGCAGUGGAAUGAGUUUUUUCAAGUGGAGACGGAGUGUGAAAGGAAAAGACAGCAAAAAGGAUGGUAUGCAGGUACAAGACGUCCCUGAUGACGCGCACUCCCAGAGCGGGUUAUCAGUCAUAAACACUCCACAAUUGGAUCCCAUCUUUAGUAACUUCAGGUUGCACUUGCAAGACAACAAAGAUGCCCAGCAAAAGACUAACCCUUCCAACGGGUGCUCGAAGUCGGACCUGUCACUGGCUCUGGAAGACUGCAUGGGUGCCCUGGAUCUGUUCCUCCAAAAUGACUUUGAAGAUGCGCAGGCCCGCCUCAGGCCCCGAAUCAAAGACAGCAUGUACCAUGCGCUGACCUACGCCACCAUCCUAGAAAUGCAGGCCAUGAUGACCUUUGAACCCCAACACAUCAUGGAGGCAGGUAACACCAUGAAGGAGGCCCAGGCUGUUUGUCAACGGCAUCGCAAGAAGUCCAGUUUUUCCAAAAACUUCACAGAAGACGAGCUCCAUGCUGAAGUCUGUUAUGCUGAGUGCCUCCUGCAGAGGGCAGCGCUCACCUUUCUGCAGGAUGAAAAUAUGAUCAGUUUCAUCAAAGGAGGAAUCAAAGUGAGGAAUAGCUACCAGACGUACAAAGAGCUUCACAGAGUCCUCCAUUCCACUGGGUAUAGUCAUGGCGACAAUCAUGGUCAUUUUGAGGGCGGAGUCAAAUUGGGAGUAGGCGCCUUUAAUCUGAUGAUCUCCAUGUUGCCUACACGAACGCUCAAGCUGCUAGAGUUUGUGGGCUUCUCUGGUAAUAAGGAGUUUGGCCUCCAGCAGCUACAGGAGGGCUCUGCAGACAGUACUUUCAGGUCCUUCUUAUGUAACAUGCUGCUGCUUUGUUAUCACACUUUCAUGAGCUUCAUACUAGGUACUGGAGAAGGAGAUGUAAAAGAUGCAGAAAAACUGCUGCAGCCUUUUCUGAAGAAAUACCCCAAGGGAUCCAUCUUCUUGUUCUUUGCUGGUCGAAUUGAGGAGAUCAAAGGCAAUCUGGACGCUGCUAUCAAGCGUUUUGAGGAAUGUUGUGAAGCUCAGCAGCAGUGGAAGCAGUUCCAUCACAUGUGCUACUGGGAGCUAAUGUGGUGCUUCACAUAUCAGAGGCACUGGAAGAUGGCCUACUUUUAUGCUGACCUGCUUAGCAAAGAGAACUCCUGGUCCAAGGCCACCUAUGCGUAUAUGAAAGCAGCCUACCUCAGCAUGCUAACAGAGGAUGAUUGUUUAACCUUCGGUGAGACUGCGCUCACUUUGUUCAGGCAAGUACAUGGGCUGAAGCAAAAAAUUGCCGGCAAGUCUUUACCAACAGAGAAGUUUGCCAUCAGGAAGGCUCGUCGCUACCUAACAGAAAGUCCAAUUCCUCUUCCUGUUCCUCCACUUGAGAUGAUGUACAUUUGGAACGGCUAUACGAUCAUAGGCAAACACAAAGAUCUGACUGAAAACAUGCUGAAAACGCUGGACGAGGCACAAGCGAAACUGGACAACAUGAAACGGACUGAGUUUUCCUUUGAUGACCAGUGUUUGCUGAGCCUCCUGAAGGGACUAUGUCUCAAACACCUGGGACACCACGAGGAGGCUGAACACUACUUUACUCUCGUACUUUGCAAUGAGACACAGAUCAAAUUUGACCACUACCUGGUUCCCACUGCAAUGCUGGAGCACAGCCUGUUGUGUCUAGAGCAAGGUCGAAAUGAUGAAGCUGUAAAACUACUAGAAGCAGCAAAGCAAAAUUACAAAAACUACUCCAUGGAAUCUCGGACUCACUUCCGAAUCCAAGCAGCCCUACACAAAGCCAGGAGUGCGAGUCAAAAUGGAGUCCACAUGCCCUCAAGUCCAUAACAGGUGCACAAGUGCUGAGACGGCUUCCUGCAUCUGCACUACCACAAUGCACCAUUCUGCUUUACCUUACCUUUAUUAGUUAAGUAGGUGGGAAGAGGAAUACUUGAUAUUUAUUUUUUCCCAUUGUGUGUUAGUUUUUUACUGGUAACUACUGCUUAUGGCGUGCUCUUGUGGCACUGAUGGCAAUCAUAAGGCAUGACGUUUCCUCUUUUUCCAAACAUGCAUUCACUUCCUCAAUUCAUUUGAAAUGGAAGCAAGUCCACACAGGUAAUUCAAAUUAAAACGUCACAGUUGCACUGAAGUCAUCCAUGAAGGCACGGUGAAGUAGCAAAGAGGGUCUCCACUGAUAAAAGGUGUGGCGUUAAUAGAUCACAAAAAGAGUAUGUAUAAUUUUAAAAUUAGAUUUUGAGACUUGUUAUGAUAUAAAUUAUAUUUUAGCUAACGUUUACAUUUGAAUCAUUACUAUGUUGGAUUAGUAUUCAUUGUGUUUAUUACCAAUUUGCAUUCCAAAUGUCUUCCCUCCGCUGAAAUGUAUUUAAAACACGCACAGAUCUGUUUCAUUGUGUCAGUUCUGACAAUCCCACAUGGCUUUUAAACUCAUCCCAACUCUCCAGAGCUCAGUGUGUGACUUAUUUACAUUUAUAUACUGUAAAGGGCACAUUUGAUUCAAAUUAUACUCUCAUAAGAUGACCGAUGAAUAUGUAUUUUAAAAAGGCAGCCUUCCUUUGUCUUGUUGGACAGAACUUGAGAAUCUUGAACAAAUAGGCUAUUCAUGCCAAGCAAUCAGAGGACCGUGUGUUUGUCCACCUGUUGCAUCUUUAGGGAGGAUAGAUGCUUCAAAGGUAUGCAAAACCACUGCUGGCACCUGUUUUGUGUAUUUGGGAUCCCCAUAAGUCCCAAAAAUGUAAAAUCAAACCAUGGAGGCAUGGUGAAAGUAUUUACAAAACAAUCUUGCCUUCCACCAAACUUGCUCCAAACAAGAUGUUUGGAAUUUGAGACCUUGGUGGUGUAUUUUGCAAAUAUCUCUAUAUAUUUGCGAAUCCGCCAUUUUUAUCUAGUUGUAGUCCAAAGUUGUAGUCAAUACGUUUGUUCUGUUUCCCUGGGGCAGACUGGCUCGUACAUGUACAUGCAUAAAGUAACGUAUAUUUCUAACAUAGGGGUGCCCAUUACGGUGAGCUACCGGUCGAUCGCGGAGGGUGUGUCGGUCGAUCGGCAGUCGGGCAUUAAAAAAAUAGACCUAAAAAUUUGCGAUCAUCAAUCUUCACUAUGACGUCACUUUGGUCACUUGAUUGACAUUCACGGCACCCGAGGGUCUUGUGAGAUGACGCUGGCUGCUGCGAGAUUAUUAUUAAGAAAAAAUGACCGACAGGAAGGCGAGAAACACUUUUUAUUUCAACAGACUCUUGCGCCGUACCUGCCGUCAAAACUCUAAAGACCGACUGCACAGUUCCCACCUUCACAAUAAAAGCGCUGCUUCAUCCUGCCUGCGCUAAUAAAAUAAGAGUCUCGGAAAGCUGGCGUACACAAGCUAGCAAGCUACAGACUUUACGUCAACGUAUUUCUUGUAAAGUGUAUAAAAACGAGUAUGGAAGCUGGACAAUUAAGAUGUCAAAAACCAACCACUUUCAUGUGAAAUUGGACAUAAAGGAGGACCUGAGGAGUAUCUGUCAGUAGACUUGAUAUGGAAGUGCUAAAAACUACAACAUGGCUGACAGGGAGAAGUCACAGUCAAAAAGGGCUUGGCCUGGAGCAGGACUUCGGCAAGUAAAUAAGACGGCCCACAAAAUGGCGCAUUCUGUAGACACAUUCAGGAAACGGCUUAAAGAUGGUCUGUAGGUUGGAGUUCAAAUCCCAGCCAAGUCAUACCAAAGACUAUAAAAAUGGGACCCAUAACCUCCCUGCUUUGCACUCAGCAACAAAGGGUUGGAGUUGGGGGUUAAAUCACCAAAAUGAUUCCCGGGCGCGGCGCCGCUGCUGCCCACUGCUCCCCAAGGGGAUGGGACAAAUGCAGAGGACACAUUUCACCACAUCUAGUGUGUGUGUGACAAUCAUUGGUACUUUAAUCUUUAAUCUUUUAAAACAAAAUCUAUGUAAAAUUUUGACCAAAGCACUACCAUUACAUUUUAUGUACCAUGAAUUGUUUAACGUGGACCCCGACUUAAACAAGUUGGAAAAACGUAUUGGGGUGUUACCAUUUAGUGGUCAAUUGUACAGAAUAUGUACUGUACUGUGCAAUCUACUAAUAAAAGUUUCAAUCAAUCAAUCAAUCAAUGUAGGCUACAAUUAAGUGAUUUAAAUGUAGAACCCCUGUGAAACCUCCAGUGCUGCUCCUGUAUCAGCCAUGCAUGAUUACAACCUCCUGUAAGAUGGACUUAAUAAUGAACUCAUAUUUGGCGCUCACGUGAAACUAAACAAACACUGCACAGAGAGAGGAAGACGACGUUAAUAAUAAUGGUUGCAAACCAAAAACUAUUCAUUUAUUCAUGAUUAGACUGAGGUUUCGUGUCCACAAUGAUUUUUCUUAUCUUAACAGCUUAUUUUAAAAAUGUCUUUAAAAACGUAUAUUUUAUUGUCUACUAUUCAUACUGUAUUUUUGCUUUAGGUUCCGCUUGGUCAUUUUAACAUUAUUUUUUGUGGCAUUAAAACGUUAGCAAUAAGCAAUACUGUAAUGACAAGGCUACCACAGAGCCUAGUGACAUUCCUGUAUAUACUGAAUGUUUUUAUUCUUACUUCAAAUAGAAUUAUGAAAGCAUGUGUUAUUGUCUUUUUGCCAUAGGCUACAGAGUUAUUUACAGCAAGAGUUUUCAAUAUGAGAUGCCCAAAUAAAUCAACCCAG